UUCAAAAAUUGAAUUACACAGCGAAAUAGUUGAGAAUAUUGUAAUGGCUGCAGAUUUUCUGCAAUUAAACACGUUAAUUGGUGCGUGUUGCGAUUUUAUGGGUGAUCAAUUAGAUCCUUCAAAUUGCUUGGGAGUAGCCCUAUUCGCUGAACAACAUACUUACACAACUCUUUAUGAAAAAGCUAUUGCAUUUGUGUAUGCUAACUUUGCAACUGUUUCAAAUGAAUCGGAAUUUUUAAAACUUGACAAAGAUCAAUUAAGUAAGAUUCUAUUUAGCGAAGAUAUCGGUGGUAAUUCACAUGAACUUGUAUUUAACGGUUUAGUGGCUUGGGUCGAACAUGAUUUGCCAAACCGUCAAGAGUAUACUUAUAAGCUUUUAUCUCGAGUACAUUUCACUCAAUUGGAACCUAAGUUCUUAAUGGAAAACUCUGAUCCAAUUUGCAAAACUAUCGAAUGCUAUCAGUUAGUUCAUAGGUGGUUGAAAUGGCAUUUUUCUCCUCAACUUCGAUCUCAAAUUCCAUUAAAGUUCGAAGUUAAAGGAAAACAAAAUGAAAAACUUGCCUUUGCCACUGGCACAAGUGAUUUUCAAAUUCAAUCUUAUAAUUCAGAAUUGAAUGAAUGGUCUUAUGAAAAAUGGCCAAUGCCUCCAAGGAAACGUAUGGAAUAUGGAAGUAUACUUAUUAAAGACAAGUGGAUCAUAGCAGGAGGUAAAAUUUCUGGUCAAAUAACAAAUACAGUUGAUUGUCUUGACUUAAAUACCAUGCAAUGGUCUGAGUUGCCUGGAAUGGGACUUGCAAGACGUUGGCCUGGAAUGGUCGAACUUAAUGAUCAUUUGUAUAUUGUUGGAGGUGAAAGUGCAGGAAAUUGGUCGUGUUUGGUUGAAAUGUUUGAUUUUUCUACUCGUAUUUGGACCUAUUCGGAACCAUUGGGUGUUUCAUUGUCUUUUAUUCAAGUUGCAGUUCUCAAUGAUAAAAUAUAUGCUGUGGGCAAUGGUCAACGGACAAUUGAAUGUUAUGAUCCAAUUACUGUCAAAUGGACAACUACUACACCAAAGGCAGAAAAUUCAUUAAAUUUCGGUAUAGCAACUGUUAAUAAUCAGUUGUAUGCUGUUGGUGGUGAUUAUAAUGGAAUUAAAUGUGAGACAGUUGAAUGUUAUACUCCUUCAACUGAUAGCUGGACGGUUGCCAAGUCAUUGACACUUGGUCGAUUAUAUGUUAAAUGUGCUUCAUUAAAUGGAAAGCUAAUAGCUUGUGUUGGAUAUAAUGAUAUUGGUGAGUGGGUUAAUUUGGUGGAAGAAUAUAAUCCGGACGCAGAUGAAUGGAGAGCAUUGGCUCCAUUGUUGCCACAUGACUUUAGUAUUUCGUCACGGUUAUUUGUUAUGUAAACUUUUUUAAUUUUAAAAUUUGUAUAACGUUUUUAUAACUUAAAAAAAACCAUAAUAAUGUUACAUUAUUAUGUAUU